CUUGCCUUGGCUGUCAUUUGGCGACAGGGAAGCAAAGAGAGAAGGUGGUUUGUUUGGAUUGCUAGGCCGCAGAUAGCAGGCAUAUGUGGGACAUCCCAGAAAACAUGUCCAGGUCUGAGAAAGUGACUCUUUUCCGCCAAGAAGCGCCCAACGGCUUGACGUACCGCAUCCCGGCCUUGCAGUACCUGCCUUCGGAGUCGUCUUUCCUGGCGUUUGCCGAAAAGCGGUCCUCUUUCCGGGACGAAGAUGCCGAGUUCCUGGUGAUGAGAAGAGGGAAGAAAGAGGGGGUGUCAGUCCAGUGGGGCCCACAAGAGUCCCUCGUGACGGCCGCGCUGCCCAACCACCGCACCAUGAACCCGUGCCCCGUGUUCGAGAAGACCUCCGGCACCCUCUUCCUCUUCUUCAUAUGUGUGGAGACCCCCAUCACGGAGUGGCACCAGAUCCGAACAGGACAAAAUGCCGCCAGGCUGUGCUACGUCUCCAGUCGCGACGGUGGCCGCACUUGGAGCCCGACCGUCGACUUGACCGAGCGGGUGAUCAGGGAUGAUUUAGAAAAUUGGGCCACAUUUGCCGUCGGACCCGGCCACGGCAUCCAGCUGAGCUCUGGGCGGUUAGUGAUCCCGGCUUACACCUACUACAUCCACGAGCGUCGCUCAGGACAUGUGCCAACCUGCACUACACGGCCGCAUUGCUUCACUUUGUACAGUGACGACGGGGGCCGGAAUUGGACCCGCGGCCAGCUUCUUCGGGACUUGCGGACGACCGAGUGCCAGGUUGCCGAACUGACCCAUUGGGACGAGAGUCGGGUGCUGUAUUGCAGCGCCCGCAGUCCCGACAAGAGCCGGGCCGAGGCGUUUGGGGCAGUUGGCGGAGACCAAUUCGAGAAAUCCUCCUUGUGCAAACAGUUGUGCGAGCCGCCACACGGUUGCCAGGGCAGCAUAGUGAGUUUCACUCCAGUGAGAAUUCCCUCCGACGAGAACGGAAUGGAAGUCGUUGGUGAAUCCAUCAACCCAUUAGGCCUUCUUUCUUCCUCUGUGCCGCAAAAGAGCACCAAAUCGUGGCUGGUUUUCUCCCAUCCCACGCAAGGUCACAAGCGUCUCGACUUGGGCCUCUACCUAAAUAGCUCCCCGUUGGAUCCGGGCUCCUGGAAGGGCCCCUGGGUGCUGCACAAGGGCCCCUGCGGAUACUCGGACCUGGCCCUCUGCGAGGAGGGAGACGAGCAAAUAUUUGGCUGUCUGUUUGAAUGCGGCGCGACCCGCGAGUGCGAAGAGAUCGCCUUUCAGUUAUUUAAAAGUGACGAGCUCCUGAAAAACGUGGCACGGAGCUGCUCUUGUGGUGCUUCUGCAGCACAACCACAAUAGUGGCCCCAAACAACACUCAAGUUGUUUCUUUUUCCCAUUUUUGCUUACGUCUGCUUCCAUAUUUGAUUCCAAAAGUCCUUGUUUUCAAGUCUCAUAAUUCAAGUAUCCGUAUAUGUGAAGAAAGGUGACCCAGUGGCUACCUGCAUUGCACAAUUACAGCAGUGCCAUGCCACUUUACCUGCCUUGUUUACAUCCUAUGUAACCCUGGGAUCUAUAGUUUGGUUUACAACCUUUUCCCAUGUUGAUUACUUUUCUCUGGACGCCUCCCAUUGUGUCAAUAGACUGUAUUUCUUGGAUUGACUUGCUAGAAGCAGCUUUGUUAAGGCCAGUCUGGGUAAAACACCUGCGACUUUUGUGUCUUUUUCCAAAAGCUUGGUUUCAUAUUAUUUUGUUUAUUUUCAGUUUUCUGGGAU